AUGCCUGAGGGUAAAAAGUUAUGCUUAGAAAAAUAAAAAUAGUGCAAAUUAGAAUAAGGUAGUUAUUUAGAUGAUAACAGUGAUCAAGAAGGAGAUAACUUAGAAAAUUAAAAUGCUGAAAAAAAUAUACCAUUCUUAAUGAAGAUAUAGAAUAACUAGGGUAGCUUUACUGGAGAUUUAUUUAAACAAAUACAAGCCAAUUUUUUAGUUAAAGAAGAAUCCUUACUUAAUUUAAAAAAAUAUCCUAGAAUGAAGAGAAGUACCUAAAUUGACUUUAUGCUCUGA